AUGAACUCCAAUGUGGAGAAUUUGCCCCCUCAGGUUCUUCGCUUGGUCUAUAAAGAGGUAUCAGCAUUGGCAGCAGACCCCCCUGAGGGAAUUAAAAUUUACCCUAGUGAAGAAGACAUAACAGAGCUGCUUACAUCCAUUGAAGGACCUGAGGGAACUCCGUUUGCUGGUGGCAUUUUCCGAAUGCGGCUGGUCCUCGGGAAGGAUUUCCCUGCUGUUCCACCCAAGGGGUAUUUUCUGACCAAGAUAUUUCACCCCAAUGUCGGCCACAAAGGUGAAAUUUGUGUCAACGUGCUGAAGCGGGACUGGAAGGCAGAGCUUGGCCUCAGACAUGUUUUACUUACUAUAAAGUGUCUGCUUAUCCAUCCAAAUCCUGAGUCUGCAUUGAAUGAAGAGGCUGGGCGGCUACUUUUGGAGGACUAUGCAGAAUAUGAGUCUCGAGCACGGUUGCUAACAGAAAUCCAUGCUAUGGGUGGCCCUGGCGGCACCUCAGGGACCCACCAGGACCCUAACGAUGGCCCUCAGCCAAAGAAACAUGCAGGAGACCCCACGAAGAGAGCAGGACCCAGCGCAGUCGCAACACCAGCACCUCUGGGGAAUGGAGCCAGCACCGCCAACAGCAGCAAUACCAACAGCAGUAGCAACAAUAGUGUAGCAGGGAAAAAGAAAGCAGAUAAGAAACGUGCAUUAAGGCGGCUUUAA